AUGGAUGUAUCCAACCCGGCAAAUGUAAAUUUCCUCUAUGAAUUCCUCGUCGCCCAGCCAGAAUGGACCAGUCAUGAAAACCGCAAAGUACUGAGUCGCCGGCUGCGAGAACAGAUGCUCAAGCAAUGGGUUGUGAUUGGAAUCCCUAGAGUAAUUACAGCAGUGCGGGCUCUAGCAACGAUUGAAGCUCCCGAAGAUGCCGACUUCUCAUUCACCAAAGAAGAUGUAACCACGUCACCCGAGAUAAGGACUCGGGGCAGAGACCUCUGUCAUGCUAUCUACGGUGAAGAUCGAUUUGAGGAUAUCAUGGCUAGCUGGGGUAGCAUGCGAGCGGACAUUACAUGGACAGCCGACAACAUUAUCUACGGAAUGUUCCUUUCCGAUGAGCGGGUUCUGAACUGUCAGGAAACGACGCUGAUGUCGUAUUCAUGCAUGGCUUGCAUGGGACUCUUGGGUACAUCUCGCCGCCAUCUGGUUGGAUUACUGAAGAAUGGUGCAAGUGAAGAGGAGUGCAAAGCCGUCAUUGAGUGUGUCAAACUACUAGCUGAAUGGGCGAGGGUGGAGACAUCGAACUUUCUCACAUUGACUGAUUUGGUGAAUGAACCCAAAGGUAAGGAAAUGCAUGAUCAGAUCAAGGUUGGAAGGAUCUGA